CUCGUGUUGGUGUGCGUUGCACGCGUAACACACAACUUGUAAACUUAGUGUGUCCUGAACUUGAUUGUUUUCUCCUUUCUUUAUUACGUUUAAGUGUCGUGUAAAGUUAAGAAUUAUUUUGUUACGUGACAAAAGGUGAAGAUCAUGAGGAGCUAUGACGUGCCGCAGAUCGCAAACAAUAGCAACAGCAGCGAAAAACAUGAAGAAAAGAGCAGUGACAGAUCUUUCAGAUAUGCACAGACACUCAAGCUGUUUAUACCGUUCAGACCACCGCCCAAGAAUAAGAAAGUACUGCCCACCAGGUAUGCAGGUCUCUUCAGUACCGUCAGCGUCAGCUGGAUGACGUCACUCAUGUGGAAGGCUUACAAGAAGAAGAUCGACGAGGAGGAUCUGUGGUCUCUGCCGCGCGAAGAGAGUGCAGAGAUCAACGCCGACCGUUUGGAGAGGCUCUGGCAGGAGGAACGCGCCCUCGCAAAGAAAGCCGGCCGGCCUCCCAGGCUCUGGAGAGCAGUCUGGCGUUUUUCGCGGACGAGAGUUCUAGCGGCGCAAUUCUUGGCGAUGAUCAUAGAUUUCAUCUUCUUUCUAGGACAGAUCGUCUACCUCCAGAGGAUCUUAGAGUACAUCAACAGCGCCGGCGUUGACUACGCCUACGCAACUUACCUCUUCGUGGGCAAAGUAUUCCUUACUUCGCUUCUAACAAUAAUCUUUUUCAACGCCCUUUAUAUUCUGGGCAUUCACAACGGUUCCAGGUUAGCCGGGGCGUUGCAGGCUCUGGUGUACAAGAAGACCCUCACGCUGAAGACGGGGGGAGAGAACUUAGCCGCCCAGGUCAUCAAUUUCUCAACUAAUGACAUGGAGAGAAUAUUUGAAGCCUGCUUAUCCUGUGUCUUUUUGGUCGAGGUGCCUGUGAUCUUCUUAUUGAACUUUAUUUACUGCGUUUAUGCUUACGGCCCCUGGGCAGCUGCCGGUUUUGGAAUGUAUCUGGCAUUUUACCCCACAAUGGCACUCAUCGCGAGGGCGCAGAGCACCAUCAGGGAACAGACAAUCCGGGAGACAGACAGACGUGUAGGUCUCAUGAGCGAAAUCUUGAAUAGCAUCAGACUCAUUAAGAUGUACGCUUGGGAGGAACCUUUCGCCAAGAAGAUCGCAGGUAUUCGCAAGUGUGAAAUGCAGAAACAUAGAGCUGGUGCUCUGCUGAGCUCAAUCACGAACACUCUGACUCCAAGUAUCGGGAUCUUAGCAACCAUAGCAACGCUUCUGUGCUUCACACUUACUGGUGAGGCAGUGACUUCGUCAGAAGCCUUCACGAUAUUUACUCUCUUCAUCUCGAUGGGUUUCACUGUCAGUCUCCUGCCUUAUGUCAUAAGGUGUGUUGCUGAAGCUGCAAUAUCUGUGUCUAGAAUGGAGACCCUCCUGAAUUUGCCUGAGCACAAACAGACAGCCGCAGGUAAGGACAUUGCUGGAACUGCCGUAGAGAUAAAGGACGCCAUUUUUUCCUGGGAUGAGGUCAGUAUCGACACUGAAGAGAAAGGGUCUGAGAAGCUGAAACACGUCAGAAAGCGGACGACCAGCACAGGAGAGAAAGAUAUGAGCGAAGACGAAAUGGAGUCACCCCCGUUCUCCGGUACCUACAGGAAGGACCAGCGCGAGAGCUUCACCAGAUCCAUAUCCGGAUCGACUGCCGCUCCAUUGCCAGUUCAGUUGGGGCGACGAUAAACGAGUACAGACGGAAACACGAAGUCGUCUGUCAGUCUCUACCGCAUCAGUCUCACCAUCCCUCAUGGGAAACUCGUGGGCGUCUGUGGCAGUAUCGGCUCGGGCAAGAGUUCGCUCAUUUCGGCCAUUUGUGGGGAUAUGCGCAUCAAUCGAGGAAACAUCUUCGUCAAUGGAAAGAUCGCCCUGGUGACCCAGCAGGCUUGGAUUUACAGCGGGACCCUACGGGACAACCUGCUGUUGGGGGCGCCCUACGACGAGGCCAGGUACAAAGAGGCCGUCCAGGUCUGCUGCCUGCAGUCCGACCUCGAGAUGCUCCCCGCCGGCGACCUGACGGAGAUCGGGGACCGGGGCAUCAAUCUCAGCGGAGGGCAGAAACAGCGCGUGAACUUGGCCCGUGCCGUGUACAGCAACAGGGACAUCUACCUGCUGGACGACCCUCUCAGCGCCGUCGACACCAAAGUGGCAGGUGCCAUAUUCAACAAUUGCAUUAGGGGCCACCUCAAGGGGAAGACGGUCUUGCUUGUAACUCAUGCUCUGCACUUGCUGGAACAAUGUGAUGAGAUCAUCGUGAUGGAUGAAGGGAGAGUCAGCGAACAAGGAACCCAUGGCCAGCUCUUGGCGAAUCGUGGUGACUACUUCCUUAUGGUUGGCGGAUUAAGCACGAAGGGCAGUUCGUCCAAGGAUGCUGAUCAGAAAGCAGAGGACACGGCUACUGAAGGACAGACAGACCAAAAAGACUCGACCGAGGAGGAAGGUCUUGGUCUGGACGGAAAGCUGACCACGGAGGAGACCAAGGAGACCGGCGGGGUCAGCUCCCAGGUCUACAGGACUUUCAUCAAGGUGUGUGGUGGAUGGUGUCUGGUGUUCUCUCUCACCGUAGCGGUCAUUGUUUUUGUUCUCUUGCGACUUCAGAAUAUGAUCUGGCUGCAGAUUUGGCUGGAUGAGGGUGACGGACUCAAGGACGAGCGCCUCUUCAACGUGACCGAAUACAACCUGACCUUGUCCGAGGAAGAUCUGAAAGGGAGCAUCGUUAACAAUCCGAUGCUCUGGAUGUACCAGACCGUCUACGCCGCCUCCUUCGUUGCCCUUGUCGUCGUCGGCAUUGCCAAGGGCGUGGGAAUCACCUUCAGCGUAUUAAAAGGAGCAACAAGCUUACACAAUGCAAUGUUUAAGAGUAUCCUUAGAUCUCCACUGACUUUCUUCGAUGUCACACCAGCUGGGAGGAUCCUCAACCGAUUUUCUAGAGAUCUUGAUGAACUUGACAUCCGAAUUCCAUUCUACCUCGAGUUUGUGAUGCAAGGAGUUUUAUCCGUCUUGGGCCAGGCAAUUCUCGUCUGUACUAUCUACGCAUGGUUUACUAUCCCCCUUGUUAUAGUGGCAACUCUGUUCAUCAUCAUCGACGUCUUCCUGAACGCUGGAGUUCGAGAGCUGAAGAGGAUAGACAACAUGAGAAAGUCUCCUGUCAUCCAGCACAUUGGCUCCUCCUUAGCUGGGCUGUCUGUCAUCAGGACAUUCGACCAACAAAAACUGUUUACAAACAGAAUGUAUCAUUAUCUGGACGACCACACAGUGGCCCAGCUCAUCUUCCGCCUGUCAAGUCGUUGGUACGUGUUCAGAACAGACAUGCUGUCCCUCGCAAUCAACGCCGGCGUCACAUCCAUUUGCGUUUACACCAAAGGUCUCGUCAGCACUGCGACGGCUGGUCUUGCUCUCGCCACCAUGAGUGCGGUAUGUGAUUUCUUUCCCUACCUGAUGAAGAUGAAAUCAGAGUUCCAGUCUCGUUUCACCGCUGUGGAAAGGCUCGUCGAAUAUUCUUAUGACUUGCAAAGCGAAGCAUCUUGGGAGAAUCCAGGGAAAGACCCUCCCAGGGACUGGCCGGAGUUUGGGAAAGUGGAGCUGAACAAAGUGUGUCUGAGGUACCGCCCAGAUUUACCCCUUGUUCUUCACAGCAUCGAGGCCGUCUUUGAACCGGGUCAAAAGAUCGGCGUCGUUGGUCGUACGGGGGCAGGUAAAUCCUCUUUGAUUUCUACACUCCUGCGUCUUGUGGAGUUGGAGAGUGGCAGUAUAAUUAUAGAUGGCAUUGAUGUCUCAACCAUAGGAUUACACACCCUCCGUUCAGCCAUCUCUGUCAUUCCUCAAGAUCCUGUUCUCUUCCAAGGAUCAAUAAGGUAUAACUUGGACCCCUUCGAGGAGCACAGUGACACUGCUGUGUGGGAAGCCCUCGAGCAGUCAAACCUGAAGAAGGUGGUCAUGCAGCAGGAGAUGGGACUUCAGUCUGCUGUAGCUACAGCAGGAGAGAACUUCUCUGUUGGGGAAAGGCAGCUUAUUUGCCUCACUAGAGCCCUCCUUCGCAAGAGUAAGAUCUUGCUGUUGGAUGAGGCUACAGCUUCUGUCGACUUGGAAACAGAUCAGAUGAUCCAGAUGACCAUCCGGAAGGCUUUUGUCGAAAGCACUGUUAUCACUAUAGCUCACAGACUCAACACCAUUACCACCUACGACAAAAUCAUGGUUCUCCAAGAGGGAAGAGUCGUCGAGUUUGAUUCGCCAGACAACCUCAUGAAGAAGGGAGGUUCUCUCUUCAAGGAAAUGAUGUCAGCAAUGGGAGUCUUCACGGUCGAGCAGAUGAGAUCGCUGACUUAAAGGGAAUUUUAUUUGAUCGUGUCUUUAGGAGAAGGCAAACGGUGAUUUGUUCUAAAAUGCCAAAAUGCUGGUUGUUAGAAAAGCUGCCGGCGGAAGUGUGGAGCGCCUUCCGAUUGGAGGCAGCAGGGGCAUCUCUAUAGUACUUUGGUCAUGAUAUGUCUCAGAAAUGUCACAGAUCUGGGGGAUUGCGGAGGUUAUACACACACACACACACACACACACACACACACACACACACACACACACACACACACAU